GUAAGGUAGGUACUUACAUGGCCCCAUGGUUUCAUGGAGAGAGGUGAGGAAUAUCUUAAAGUAAUGUGCUACUCUAGGUACCUGACCUUAGGUAGGAGGUAGGUAGGUAGGUACCUUAGGUACGCAACUUUCAGACAUAUCUUCCUAAAUGUUAAACAGCGCCACUGGGUAGCGAUGCUGUUGCUAUUCUUAGACCGUCGAAUGCUAGCAACAUGGACAGUAGCUCUGGAAACAGUGUUAGCAAGCCGCGUUUUAUCUUACAUGAUGACAGGACCAAGUUACUUAUAUGAUCAGCUUUCCCCCCUUGAGAAUCCGAGACUUCCUCUACUCACCUAGGCACUGGCCAAGAUUUACUAAUUUAUUAUUCCAAUAUGAUAAGCUUCGCUUCGUUGAACGAAACCCAAAAAAUGCAAUUCUCAACAGCGGUGCCCUGCAACCCCCAGAGGGCCUAGAACCCAACUUCGACAAUCCGACCAGUGACGUACCUGGAGCAUCCGCUGUGUUCUCGGUGUGUCUGGUAUUGUCGACUAUUGCGGUCUUAGGACGUUUGUAUACCAGAUUCUUCCUUCUCAAGCAACAUUACAUAUCAGAUUAUAUACUAGCAAUAGGAUACGGCUUCUUCAUCUCGGAGUUCGCCUUUAUAUACAAGAUGGCUACGGUGCCUGGCCUAUUUGUCCAUUUGUGGGACGUCCGCUGGAGAGAUUUCAUCAGUUUUCUCAAGAAUGUUUACAUCACAUCUCAGCUGUACAUGUUCAGCAUCCUAUCCAUCAAGAUCGCGAUACUCCUGGAAUGGAUCCACAUCUUUGUCGCUCCCGGCAGCCGUGGCUUGGUGUACUGGGCAGCCCAUGUCACAAUUUGGAUCAACGUGGGGUUCUAUCUAUCCGUCUUUGUUACCAACGAAAUCGCGUGUACGCCCUACGAGUAUAGCUGGAACAAACUGAUAGACGGUAGCUGCGAACGUGCUGACACCCACUACACAAAUCUAGCCUCGUGUGUCUUCAAUGUUAUAUCCGAUAUUGUAAUCUUAUUGAUCCCAUUGAGAGUUAUCUGGGGGCUCAACAUGCCUCAAAAGAGGAAAGUUGGUAUCUCGGUGAUUUUCUCUAUUGGUUUCAUGGCUUGUGCCAUGGCAAUCCUGCGGCUCGUGGAGACUGUCCAAUAUACCGAAUCCCCCGACUAUACCUAUACAUUCGCCGGGACCAUGCUUGCUAGCGGCGCCGAACUCACGUGUGGUUUCUUAGUGGCGGGCAUCCCAAGCUUAGCGAAGCUUUUGUCAUCGCUGGACAUGCACAAGCUCAAGCGCAAGCUCAGCUUCGAUUCUGACUCCGGCCUUGGAAGACUCUGGCACUCAACUCGAAAGGCUACUGGAAGAUUGUAUCCGAGCCAGGAUAACAUGGACUCGUCUUCCUUUAGACGAGUCACGACGGAUCAGAGCUAUCUACACCCGAAGAAUUACAACCACCAAACACACAACUAUCUGGGGAGUGCAUCUUAUUCUUCUAUGCCGGCUGUCGAAGGUGGAAUUUUGCACCAGACGAAGUUUAAAGUGACCGAAUCCUACGACCUUGAAGCAGUCGAUGCACUCCCUAACGGCCCAAACGUGAGGGGUUGAGACUUAACUCGCAACUUCGGGGCUUCGGGGCUUCGGGGCUUCAAGGCAAACUGGUGU